UUUUGUUUUAAUUUUUUAGAUAUGUUAAUUAAUUUAUCUUUUAUAAUAAAAAGAUUUUUACGGAAUGGACGUAGACAUUGGGACAGUUUUUGUGAAUAUACAGAACUUCCCGGUUUUCGUUUUAUGACAUCAAAAGUAACUUAUAUUGUUAGCAAUAACAACAUCAAUUUUUUGUUUAAUUGGAAUGUGUGCACAAUUAUAUUAUUUAAUUUUACAAUAUUUAAGAAAUCAAAUACAGACAUCUUCUAG